AUGUAUCCAAACUCUAAUAAUAGCUCUUCAUCAUCUGCAUCUCAUCCUUCAAGAGAUCCCAACAACAAUCAUAAUAUCAUUGAUAAUAAUAAUGGCAAUAACAACAACAACAACAACAGCAAUGGAGGAAUAAUAGGUCUUGCUCGAUAUCGUUCAGCUCCUGUUUCCUUCUUAAAUAACGCGGUAGAUUCUGUGAUCAUCAACGGACAAAGUGGUGGUCAUCAACAACAACAACUACCACAACAUAAUAAUAAUAAUACUGGAAAUCACAUGGUGGGCAUGCCUACGCGUUUUUUCUCACCGGCGCCCCCGCCUCACACGACGACGUCUUCCCUGCAGGCUGUUGACGAUGAUGAUCGGUUGCAAAAAACUACACCGUUUCGUUUAAACGAGUUUGCAACCGCUUUUAAUGCUUUAAAAGGUGGUACUACGACACAGACUCCGUCACCGUUAUUCCGUCAUGGCAGCUCCCCUGCCGGUUUUCUCAACACGCUUGUUUCUUCUACUACUCCCUCCGGUACGGGUGGUUCAAGAUUAAGCUCCCAACUAAGCUUCACGGGAACAAGCAGCUGUUUUUCUCAAAUAUCCGAAGAAAGUGAUAUCGUCAAUUCCCUCGUGUUUUCAUCCUCGUCUCCACAUAACAAAAGAGCUAAAACCAACACUACUACUAAUGGUCUCAACAUUACGGAAACCGAGUUGAAUUUUGGGUUAUCUGAAUCUGCUCUAGAGGCAGCUACAAUGGAAAAGAUGAUGGACCUUCCGCAUGACUCCGUCCCUUGUAAAAUUCGCGCCAAGCGUGGUUGCGCUACGCAUCCUCGGAGCAUUGCCGAAAGGGAAAGAAGAACAAGAAUAAGUGGGAAGUUGAAAAAGCUGCAAGAUCUUGUUCCAAAUAUGGAUAAGCAAACAAGCUAUUCAGACAUGUUGGACCUAGCAGUACAGCACAUAAAAGGCCUUCAAACUCACGUUCAGAGCCUACGCGAGGAGCUCCAAAAUUGCUCGUGUGGAUGCAAACCAAAUUGA